GAGAGGCGGAGACCUUAUCAGAGACCGAGCUGCUGCUGCCGCUGCUGCUGCCAGUGUGAGAUGAAGCUCAGCCGGCUUGUUGUGUAAACUUCACACACAGAAGAGGAAGAGGAAGAGGAGGAGGAGGAGGCCUUUUACCCCACGGUCGGAUGGCUCCAGAGUGAGCAGCCAUGGCGCUGAUGAUACCCCCGGUGAAACUCAAAUGGCUGGAGCACCUGAACAGCUCGUGGAUCACGGAGGACAGCGAGUCCAUCGCCACGCGGGACGGCGUGUCGGCGCUCUACGCCAAGCUGCUGGCCAACAAGGAGGCGGUGCUGCUGCCGCAGCAGGUGCUGUGCCUCAAGGGCCCGCAGCUGCCGGACUUCGAGCGCGAGUCGCUGUCCAGCGAUGAGCAGGAGCAUUACCUGGACGCGCUGCUGGGCAGCCAGCUGGCCCUGGCCAAGAUGGUGUGCUCCGACUCACCCUUCGCCGCCGCGCUGCGGAAGCGUGUCCUGGUGCUGCAGCGCGUCUUCUACGCGCUCUCCAACAAAUACCACGACAAGGGUAAGGUGAAGCAGCAGCAGCACUCCCCGGAGAGCAGCGCCGGCGCCGCCGACCCACACGCUAUCAGCGAGCGGCCGCGCUCCAGCACCGACGCCCUCAUCGAGAUGGGCGUCCGCACCGGCCUCAGCCUGCUGUUCGCUCUGCUGCGCCAGAGCUGGAUGAUGCCGCCGCCGCCCGGCCCCGGCGGAGCGCCGGGCGGCGGCAUCAACUUAUGCAACGACGUGAUCCACACGGCCAUCGACGUGGUGAGUUCGCUGCCGCCGCUGUCCCUGGCCAACGAGAGCAAGAUCCCGCCGAUGGGCCUGGACUGCCUGGCCCAGGUCACGACCUUCCUGAAGGGUGUCACCAUGCCCAACUCCGGGGCAGACAUCUUGGGCCGGCGGCUGGCCUCGGAGCUGCUGCUGGGGCUGGCGUCCCAGAGGGGCUCGCUGCGCUACCUGCUGGAGUGGAUCGAGAUGGCGCUGGCAGCGUCGGCCGUGGUCAGCGCCAUGGAGAAGAACGCAGCGCCGCACUGCCAGGAGGGGCUGAUGGGAUACGACUGCUUCAUGAACAUCCUGAUGCAGAUGAGGCGCUCCUUGGGCUCCACAGCAGACCGCAGCCAGUGGAGGGAGCCCAGCAGGACCCCGGACGGCCUCUGCUCGCUGUACGAGGCGGCGCUCUGCCUGUUCGAGGAGGUGUGCCGAAUGGCGUCGGACUACUCCCGCACCUGCGUCAGCCCCGACAGCAUCCAGACGGGCGAGGCGCCGGUCGUCUCGGAGACCUGCGAGGUUUACGUGUGGGGCAGCAACAGCAGCCACCAGCUGGUGGAGGGAACCCAGGAGAAGAUCCUGCAGCCCAAACUGGCCGCUAGCUUCGCCGACGCCCAGACGAUCGAGGCGGGUCAGUACUGCACCUUCGUGAUUUCGUCCGACGGCUCGGUCCGGGCCUGCGGGAAAGGCAGCUAUGGCCGUCUGGGCCUGGGGGACUCCAACAACCAAUCCACGCUCAAGAAGCUGACCUUUGAACCCCACCGAGCCAUCAAAAAGGUGUCAUCGUCGAAGGGCUCGGACGGCCACACGCUGGCCUUCACCACGGAGGGCGAGGUCUUCAGCUGGGGCGACGGCGACUACGGCAAGCUGGGACACGGCAACAGCUCCACCCAGAAAUACCCCAAACUUAUCCAGGGGCCGCUGCAGGGGAAGGUGGUCGUGUGUGUGUCUGCCGGCUACAGACACAGCGCUGCUGUCAGUGAGGACGGCGAGCUCUACACCUGGGGGGAAGGAGAUUUUGGGAGAUUAGGACACGGGGACAGCAACAGCCGCAACAUUCCCACUCUGGUGAAAGACAUCAGCAACGUUGGCGAGGUUUCCUGCGGGAGCUCCCACACCAUCGCCCUGUCCAAAGAUGGCCGCACCGUCUGGUCCUUCGGAGGAGGAGACAACGGAAAACUGGGGCACGGCGACACCAACAGAGUCUACAAGCCCAAAGUGGUGGAGGCGCUGCAGGGCAUGUUCAUCAGGAAAGUGUGUGCAGGCAGCCAGUCGUCUCUGGCUCUGACCUCCACUGGACAGGUGUUCGCCUGGGGCUGCGGCGCCUGCCUGGGCUGCGGCUCCUCCGAGGCCACGGCGCUGCGGCCCAAACUGAUUGAGGAGCUGGCAACCACCAGGGUGGUGGACGUCUCCAUCGGGGACAGCCACUGCCUGGCCCUGUCCCACGACAACGAGGUGUACGCCUGGGGCAACAACUCCAUGGGACAAUGCGGCCAGGGCAACUCCACCGGCCCCAUCACCAAACCCAAGAAGGUAGUCGGUCUGGACGGAGUCGCCAUCCAGCAGAUCUCAGCCGGGACGUCCCACAGCCUGGCCUGGACCGCCCUGCCCAGAGACAGGCAGGUGGUGGCCUGGCACCGGCCAUACUGCGUCGACCUGGAGGAAAGCACCUUCUCCCACCUGCGCUCCUUCCUGGAGCGCUACUGCGACGGCAUCAACAGCGACGUUCCUCCGCUGCCCUUCCCCUCGUCCAGGGAACACCAUAACUUCCUCAAGCUGUGCCUUCGCCUCUUAUCCAAUCACCUGGCUCUGGCCCUGGCUGGGGGCGUGGCCACCAGUAUUCUGGGUCGGCAGGCCAGGCCGCUCAGGAACCUGCUGUUCAGGUUGAUGGACGCCUCGGUGCCGGACGAGAUCCAGGAGGCGGUGAUCGAGACCCUGUCGGUGGGCGCCACCAUGCUGCUGCCUCCUCUGAGGGAGAGGAUGGAGCUGCUCCACUCCCUACUGCCUCAGGGACCUGACAGAUGGGAGAGUCUCUCCAAAGGACAGAGGAUGCAGCUGGACAUCAUCCUGACCAGCCUGCAGGAUCACACCCACGUGGCCUCGCUGCUGGGCUACAGCGCUCCGGCCGACGGCCCCGACGCUCCGGCCCCGGGCCCCGCCUUCGCUCCGGACCCCGGCUACGGCGGUGGCAGCUCCCACCCUGACACUCACUUAGCUGAGAUCCUGAUGAAGACGCUGCUCAGGAACCUGGGCUUUUACACGGACCAAGCGCUGGGCGAACUGGAGAAGAACAGCGACAAGCUGCAGCAGCGCGCCUCGUCGUCGGACAGCAGCCAGCCGGCUCACCUGCACCAGCUGCUGUGCUCCCUGCAGAAGCAGUUGCUGGCCUACUGCCACAUCAACGCCGUCACCGAGAACUCCAGCAGCGUGGCGCUGCUCCACAAGCACCUGCAGCUGCUGCUGCCCCACGCCACCGACAUUUUCUCCCGCUCCGCCGCUCUGAUCCAGGACAGCUCCGGGAACGGCAGCAUCCGGGAGAAGCUGCAGGAUGUGAUCUAUGUGUCAGCAGCAGGCAGCAUGCUGUGUCAGAUCGUCAACUCGCUGCUGCUGCUGCCGGUGGCGGUGGUGAGGCCGCUGCUGAGCCACCUGCUAGACCUGCUGCCCCCUCUGGACCGCCUCAACAGGCUGCUGCCGGCCGCCGCGCCGCUGGAGGACCAGGAGCUGCAGUGGCCGCUGCACGGCGCUUCGGACCUGGCCGAGCCGGCCUCAGGCCUGGCGCUGCCGGCGGCGGCGCUGUGCUGGGUGUGGCUGGUGGACCUGGAGCGUACCGCGGCGCUGCUGGUGGGCCGCUGCCUGGGCGGGAUGCUGCAGGGCGCCGCCGCCUCGCCGGAGGAGAACCACGCCGCCUACUGGCUGAAAACGCCGCUGUUCAGCAACGGCCUAGAGACGGACAUCCCGCAGCUCGAUUGGGUCAUCAGCUCGCUGCUGGAGGCGGCGGUGUCAGGGAACGAGGAGCAGAAGCCUCUUGACCGGCCGCUGCGCCCCGACCUCAGCGUCCUGCUGGACCUGGCGCUGGGCUCCUCCAAAGAACCCGCCAACAGCCUCUGGAUCAACAUGCAGGACUACGCCAUCAGCAAAGACUGGGACAACGCGUCUCUGAACAACGAGUCCCUGCUGGACACCGUGUCCAGGUUCUGCCUGGCCGCGCUGCUGAAGCACAGCGGCCUGCUGGGCCCCGCCUGCGGCGAGGGCAGCAGGUACCAGCCAUCCAAGUCUCUGGCCGAAGUUUACCGCAGCGUCUACAAGGUCCGGAACCGCCUGCUGGCCUGCAAGAACCUGGACUUCAUCCAGACCCGGUCUUCAUCCCGAGAGAGGCGGAUCUCGGACAACCAGGACUCGCUGGACAUGGACCCCCAGGAGAACUCGUUCACCCGCACCAUCGACGAGGAGGCGGAGCUAGAGGAGCGGGCCGACCGCGAGCGGGAAGACGGGCACCAGGAUCAGGACGAGGAGGAAGAGGACCGGGAGCACGAAGUCAUGACAGCAGGAAAAAUCUUUCAAUGUUUCCUCUCAGCGCGGGAGGUGGCUCGGAGCCGGGACCGGGAGAGGGCCAGCAGCGGGACGGGCCUGGGCUCCGGGUCGGCGUCCCGCAGCGCAGCGACAGCGUCGGGAUCUGGGGAGGAGGAGGAGGCGGCGCAGUCGCAGGAGGAGCGGCGGGGCAGCGCGGGGCUCCCGGAGGGCCAGGACCUGUACACGGCCGCCUGCAACUCGGUCAUCCACCGCUGCGCCCUGCUGCUGCUGGGGGUCAGCCCGGUUCUGGGAGAGCUGGGCAAGCAGAACCAGGAGGACGGCCCGACCCAGUCGGCCGCCGGAACACAGGACUGUCUGAGCUUCAUGACCAGGAGUGAGAGUCUGAGUGCAGAGAGCCGCUCGGUGCAGAGCAGCCCCAGCUACCGGCUCAUCAAGUCCCGCAGCGAGUCGGACCUGUCCCAGCCCGAGUCCGACGAGGAGAGCUACGGCCUGAGCGGACGCAGGAACGUGGAUCUGGACCUGGCCUGCUCCCAGAAGAAGAGAGGAAUGCUCCACAGCUCCCCCGACUCGCUGGCGGAGUCCUGGUUCCGGUCCAAGCUCAGCCGGCAGCGCAGCUACGGCUCGGCCCACUCCUACGGGGAGUCGGACCUGGACCUGAGCCGCUCGCUGGGCGUCCACGCCCUCAUCGACAACAUGGUGAGCUUCAUCAGCGGCGACGUGGGCCUGGCGCCCGCCUUCAAGGAGCCCGAGGAGGGCAUGUCCACCAACCCGCAGGCCGCCAUCUUGGCCAUGGAGCAGCAGCAGAGCAGGGCGGAGCUGCGGUUGGAGGCGCUGCACCAGAUCGUGGUGCUGAUCUCCGGCAUGGAAGAGAAGGACAGCCAGCAGGGCGGCGCCGAGCGGACGGGUGGCGCCUUCCAGUCCUCCUCCCUGCUCACCUCGGUCCGGCUGCAGUUCCUGGCUGGAUGCUUCGGCCUCGGCACCGUGGGCAGCGGCGGCCUGAAGAGGGAAAGCGUGCAGCUGCACCACUACCAGGAUGGGAUCAAAGCGGCCAAGCGGAGCCUGCAGGUGGAGAUCCAGACGGCCGUCCAUAAGAUCUACCAGCAGCUAUCGGUGACUCUGGAGCGCGCCCUGCAGGCCAACAAGCACCACAUCGAAGCCCAGCAGCGCCUCCUGCUGGUGACGGUGUUUGCACUCAGCGUGCGCUACCAGCCUGUGGACGUGUCCCUUGCCAUCUCCAGCGGCCUCCUCAAUGUGCUGUCGCAGCUCUGCGGCACCGAAACGAUGCUGGGCCAGCCGCUGCAGCUGCUGCAGAAGCCGGGUGUGUCUCAGCUUAGCACCGCCCUGAAGGUGGCCUCCACCCGCCUGCUGCAGAUCCUGGCCAUCAGCACCGGGACGUACGCCGACAAGCUGAGUCCCAAGGUGGUGCAUGCGCUGCUGGACCUGCUGUGCAGCCAGCUGAAGAACCUGCUGGCCCAGGCAGGAGGCAGCCGGCUGGCGGCAGGGAAGGACCUGGACGACUCCAAGACGGAUGACUCCCUCGACUCUGACAAGAAGGACUUCAGAGCUUUAAUCCGGAAGCAGCACACCGCGGAGCUCCACCUCGGGGACUUCCUGGUCUUCCUCCGCAGGGUGGUCUCCUCCAAGGCCAUCCAGUCCAAGAUGGCGUCCCCCAAAUGGACCGAGGUUCUGCUGAACAUCGCCGCUCAGAAGUGCUGCUCAGGCAUUCCUCUGGUGGGGAACAUGAGAACCCGCCUGCUGGCCCUGCAUGUGCUAGAGGCCGUCCUGCCGGCCUGCGAGGCCAACAUGGAGGACGACCAGCUGACCCAGGUUGUGGACCGUCUCUUCUCUCUGCUGUCUGACUGCAUGUGGGAAGCUCCGGUCGCUCAGGCCAAACACUCCAUCCAGAUCAAGGAGAAGGUCCAGGAGCUGAAGCUGCAGGGCGAGGCGGAGGAGGAAGACGAGAACCUUCCCAUCCAGGAAGUGUCCUUCGACCCGGAGAAGGCGCAGUGCUGCGUGGUGGAGAACGGCCAGGGCCUGACGCACGGCAGCGGGGGCAAAGGUUACGGCCUGGCGUCCACCGGCAUCUCUUCCGGAUGCUACCAGUGGAAGUUCUACAUCGUGAAGGAGAACCGUGGCAACGAGGGGACGUGCGUGGGCGUGUCCCGCUGGCCCGUCCACGACUUUAACCAUCGCACCACGUCGGACAUGUGGCUGUACCGCGCCUACAGCGGGAACCUGUACCACAACGGAGAGCAGACGCUGACGCUCAGCAGCUUCACUCAGGGAGACUUCAUCACCUGCGUCCUCGACAUGGAGGCCAGAACCGUCUGCUUCAGCAAGAACGGAGAGGAGCCGAAGUUGGCGUUUGAGGACGUCGACGCGGCCGAGUUGUUUCCUUGUGUCAUGUUCUACAGCAGUAACCCGGGAGAGAAGGUGAAGAUCUGCGACAUGCAGAUGAGAGGGACGCCACGCGACCUCCUGCCCGGCGACCCCGUCUGCAGCCCCACCCCCACGGUGCUGGUGGAGGCCACGGCCCAGCUGGUCCGCAUCCUGCACCGCACCGACCGCUGGACGCCGCACAUCAACAGCGCCAUCAUCCAGCGGCUGCAGAAGAUCAAGCCGUGCUUCAGGGACGCCGCCACAGGGGGGUCGGCCGGCGGCCAGCGGCUGAAGAAGAGCCGCUCGGUGCAGAGCCGCGAGGAGCACGACGCCCAGAGGGAGAGCCCCGAUGCCGUGCCUAGGGCGGAGGAGGACCGGGGGCGGCACGGCCGGCAGCACGGUCUGGCGGACCUGGCCGAGCCGCACCUGCGCAGCCUGUGCUGCGACGUUUGGCCGGUUCUGGCCGUAAUCGGCGGGGCGGACGGCGGACUGCGCGUCGGCGGCCGCUGCAUCCACAAGCAGACGGGACGCCACGCCACACUGCUGGGCGUGGCCAAGGAGGGCAGCAGCUCGGCCAAGGUCCAGUGGGACGAGGCCGAGAUCACCAUCAGCUUCCCAACUUUCUGGUCGCCUAGUGACACGCCGCUGUACAAUCUGGAGCCGUGUGAGCCGCUGCCGUUCGACGUGGGCCGGUUCCGGGGCCUGACCUCGUCGCUGCUGCUGGACCUCACCUACCUGACCAGCAUCCACGAGGAGACCGCCGCCAAGCUGGGCGGGCGCCGCCACGACAGGAAGCACCGCAACGCUGCCUCCGUUGGCCACGAGCCCAGCUGCGCCGACGACAGGCCGGACGGCCAGAAGGACGCUGCCGCCGCCUCCGAGCUGAGGGUGUCCCACAGCCUGGAGGAGGUCAAGGCUCACCUGGCGCCCAACUCCAAGUCCGAGAGCGAGAUCUCAUCUGUCGCUGGCGGAAACGAAGCUCUGUUCGGCCCGGCGCCCAACGCCACUGCAGAGGCAGGCAGGAAGAAAGGCCACGAGCACGGCGGGCGCCACGAGGCUCCGCCCAUCAGCACGCAGUCAGAGAUCCACGCCGUACAGCUGUCCUACCUCUACCUGGGCGCCAUGAAGACCCUGAGUGCCCUGCUGAGCUGCAGCAAGUACGCCGAGCUGCUGCUCAUCCCAAAGGUGGUCCCAGAGGCGGCGCCGAGCGGCCACAACGCCGACCUGAACGCCGGCAGCGGGGCGGCUCCGCCCUCGCCCGGCUUCCAGGAGGAGGUGGAGAUGCGGACGGCGCUGCAGUUCCUCAUGCGCCACAUGGUGAAGCGCGCCGUGAUGCGCUCCCCGAUCAAACGCGCGCUGGGCCUGGCGGACCUGGAGAGAGCGCAGGCCAUGAUCUACAAGCUGGUAGUGAACGGGCUGCUGGAUGAGCCCAGCGGCGGGAAGUCCAGGCCGGGUGAGAGCAGAACCUCAUCAGAACCAGGGGUGAGGAGCGAGCCUGAAGGGGAAGGCGAGGGCGCCGAGGGCGAGCAGCUGGCUCAGACGCCCAUCACCACCAGCCCCUCGGCCUCCAGCACCACCUCCUUCAUGAGCUCCUCCCUGGAGGACACCACCACCGCCACUACGCCCGUCACCGACACCGAGACCGUGCCCGCCUCCGAGUCCCCGGGCGUCAUGCCGCUCAGCCUGCUCAGGCAGAUGUUCUCCAGCUACCCCACCACCACCCUAGUGCCGACCCGCCGGGCCCAGACGCCCCCGGUGUCGUCCCUGCCGACGUCUCCGUCAGAUGAGGUGGGCCGCAGGCAGAGCCUCACCUCGCCGGACUCCCAGCCCUGCAGGCCGCAGAACCGGGCCGGAACAUCUCUGUCGGACCCCAGCAGCAGGCUGUCCACGUCGCCGCCGCCGCCGGCCAUCGCCGUGCCGCUGCUGGAGAUGGGCUUCACGCUGCGCCAGAUCUCCAAAGCGCUGGAAGCAACGGGUGCUCGGGGAGAAGCGGACGCCCAGAACAUCACGGUGCUCGCCAUGUGGAUGAUCGAACAUCCCGGCACGGAGGACGAACGCGACGAGCCGCACACCAGGAGCGGCGCGCUGGUCGUCGACGCCCCUGACUCCGCCUCCUCUCCGGGGGCGACGGCGUCCUCGGGGGGCAAGUCCCUGGACCGGAGCCCGUACCUCUGCUGUCCGGGAGACGUGGCCAGCGCCGACGCCUCAGAGCUGGAGGAGGGCUUCAGCCCUGAAGGUCUGGAGCAGGACAGCGCAGCGGCAUCCAGCUGCACCUCCCUCAGAGGACGUUCCGCCGCCGGCAGGAAGCACCGCUUCGACCUGGCCGCACGCACGCUGCUGGCGCGCGCUGCCGGUCUGUACCGCUCGGUCCAGGCCCACCACAGCCAGGCCCGGCGGGACGCGGCGGCUCCGCAGCAGCAGGACCCGGGCGCGCUGUACGACUUCAACCUGGACGAGGAGCUGGAGAUGGACCUGGACGAGGAAACCAUGGAGGCCAUGUUCGGCCAGGACCUGGCCAGCGACACCGACAUUCUGGGAAUGUGGAUCCCGGAGGUACUGGACUGGCCAACAUGGCACGUGUGUGAGGCCGACGACCGAGACGAGGUGGUGGUGUGUGAGCUGUGUGAGGUCAACGUGGCCAACUUCAACCAGCACAUGAAGAAGAGCCACCCCGGCUGCGGGCGCAGUGCCAACCGACAGGGUUACCGUAGCAACGGCUCCUACGUGGACGGCUGGUUCGGCGGGGAGUGCGGCAGCGGGAACCCGUACUACCUGCUGUGCGGCGGCUGCAGGGACAAAUACCUGGCCAUCAAGAGCAAAGCCAAAGUCCCCGCCGCGGAGAGGUACAAAGGCCAAGCACCGGACCUGCUGGGGAAGCAGGACAGCGUGUACGAAGAGGACUGGGACAUGCUGGACGUGGACGAAGACGAGAAGCUGACGGGGGAGGAAGAGUUUGAGCUGCUGUCUGGCCCGCUGGGCCUGAGCGAGCGUCGCGUCGUCCCCGAACCCGUCCAGUUCCCCGACAGUGACCCGCUGGGAGCCUCGGUCGCCAUGGUGACAGCCACCAACAGCAUGGAGGAGACACUGCUGCAGAUAGGCUGCCAGACGUCGGUGGAUAAAAGCUCGUCGGGCCGCAUGACGCUGGGCGAACAGGCUGCCGCCCUGCAGAACCCCCACGACCGGGUCAUGGCGCUCAGGAGGGUGACGGCCGCAGCGCAGGUGCUGCUGGCCCGCACCAUGGUGAUGAGGGCGUUGUCGCUGCUGUCCGUCAGCGGCUCCAGCUGCAGCCUGGCAGCGGGCCUGGAGUCUCUGGGCCUGACCGACAUCAGGACGCUGGUCCGCCUCAUGUGUCUGGCGGCAGCGGGCCGGGCCGGCCUCUCUACCGGCCCGGCGGCGGGGGCGGGCCCCUCGGAGCGGCCCCGCGGCACCGCCAAGGCCAGCAAGCCCAUUUCCUGCCUGGCCUACCUGAGCACCGCAGUGGGCUGCCUGGCCUCCAACAGCCCCAACGCCGCCAAGCUGCUGGUGCAGCUCUGCACCCAGAACCUGAUCUCUGCAGCUAUAGGCAUGAACCUGACCACGGUGGACGACCCCAUCCAGAGGAAGUUCCUGCCCAGCUUCCUGCGCGGCGUGGCCGAGGAGAACAAGCUCAUCACCUCCCCGAACUUUGUGGUGACGCAGGCGCUGGUGGCGCUGCUGGCGGAUAAAGGCGCCCGGCUGCGGCCCGUCUACGACAAGGCCGACCUGGAGAAGAGAGGUCUAACCGCGCAUUUAUAUGCCCAUCCUUCCCAUAAUCCCUCCGCUGUAGGCCCCCUGGAGCUGGCCAACGCUCUGGCGGCCUGCUGCCUGUCCUCCAGGCUCUCCUCCCAGCACCGCCAGUGGGCUGCGCAGCAGCUGGUCCGCACGCUGGCCGCCCACGACCGCGACAACAGCCAGAGCCGGCCGCAGACCUUCGCCGACAUGGCGGGGGAUCUGCGGAAGUGCUCCUUCAUCAAGCUGGAGGCGCACCAGAGCAGGGUCAUCACCUGCAGCUGGUGCAGUAAGAAAGGCCUGCUGGCCACCAGCGGCAGCGACGGGACGGUCCGGGUGUGGAACGUGACGAAGAGCCAGUACACGCUGCAGCAGACCUGUGUCUUCAACAAGGACGAUGGCUCCUCGGAGGAUGGGAUGUCCGCUCUGGGCUCCCCUAGCGACCCUUGCCUGUCUCCUCUGGCCUGGAGUGUGACUGGAAAGUAUCUGGCAUCAGCCAUGGAGAAAAUGGUCAACAUCUGGCAAGUUAACGGCGGUAAAGGCCUGUUGGACGUGCAGCCCCACUGGGUGUCGGCGCUGGCGUGGCCGGAGGAGGAGGCGGAGUCUCUGUGGUGCGGCGAGCCCAAAGACAUGCUGCUGGUGGGCCGGAUGGACGGGUCGCUGGGCCUCAUUGAGGUUCUGGAUGCCUGUGACAUGCACUGCAGCGAGCUGGAGCACUGCUACAGGAAAGACGUGGCCGUGAUGCACAUCGCCUGGUACAGCGAGGACCGUCCGUUCGCCGUGGGAUACGCCGACGGAAAACUGCUGAUCGGAUCCAAGGAGCCGCUGGAGAAAGGAGCCGUGGUUGUGAUCGACGCUCACAAGGAGUCCGUCAGCAGCAUGAAGUGGAGCCCCAACGGCCAGAUCCUACUGACCUGCGCCAAGGAGGAGACGGUGAAGCUGUGGGCCGCCCCGGACCGGGACUCGGGUUCAGGUUCCGGCUGGUGCUGCCUGCAGAGCCUGCGCCACGCCUCCCUGGUGAACGGCGUGGCGUGGUGCGGCCUGCCGGGCCGCGGACCCAGACCGCUCAGCAUGCUCGCCAUAUGCUGCCAGAACGGCCUGGUGUCGGUCUGGACCGUUCCUCAGGAAAUCUGCCACUUCCCAGAAUCCUCCCAGUGCGACUCAGAGACGCUGUGGGAGAACGACGCCAAACCCAAACUACUGUCGCCGCGUUGGGCUGAGGACGGCGCCGUGUGCGUCCUCCAGCUGAAGGGACACAUCACGCCGGUCCGGACGCUGGCCUUCAGCCCCGACGGCCUGGCGCUGGCCUCCGGCGGCGUCGGCGGCCUCAUGAACAUCUGGUCUCUGCGGGACGGAUCCGUCCUGCAGACCGUCGUCGCUGGAUCCGGAGCCAUCCAGAACAUCGUCUGGAUCCCAGAUGUGGGCGUGGCCGUCUGCUCCAACAGGUCAAAGGACGUUCUGGUCGUUAACUGCUCCAAAGAGUUCAUGGCGUCCAACCACGUGCUGGCGACGUGCCGCUCGGCGCUGAAGCGGCAAGGCGUGGUCGGCCUCAACGCGGCGCCCUGCAUGAGGGCGUUCCUGGAGCGGCUGCCGGUGAUGCUGCAGGAGCAGUACGCCUACGAGAAGCCUCACGUGGUUUGUGGCGAGCAGCUGGUCCACAGCCCCUACAUGCAGUGCCUGGCGUCGCUGGCGGUUGGCCUCCACCUGGACCAGCUCCUGUGCCGCCCGCCCGCCCCGCCCCACCUCCGCCGCUGUCCUCCGGAGUCUGGUACCGCCGUCUGGAGCGCCAGCGAGUGGGCGUGGCUCGACUGCUUCUCCACCACCGUCAAGGCGGCCGAGGCCCUCGCCCGCGGCGCCACGUUCCCGGACUCCUUCUGCAUUCCUGACCUGGAACCGGUGCCCAAGGAGGAGAUGGCUCUGGUGAUGGACAACGGGAAGUGGGCAGCCGGGAUGGACGAGCAGAUCAUGUCCUGGGCCACGUCCAGGCCGGAGGACUGGCACCUCGGUGGGAGGUGUGACGUCUUCCUGUGGGGAGCGGGUCGGCACGGCCAGCUGGCCGAGGCCGGCAGGAACAUCCUGGUUCCGACCACCGCCCCGUCCUUCUCACAGGCCCAGCAGGUGGUUUGUGGUCAGAACUGCACCUUUGUGAUCCAGCCCAACGGGUCGGUGUUGGCCUGUGGAGAGGGCAGCUACGGCCGCCUGGGACAGGGGAACUCCGACGACCUGCACGUCCUCACCAUCAUCUCCGCUCUGCAAGGAUUCGUGGUGACCCAGCUGGUGACGUCGUGCGGCAGCGAUGGCCACUCCAUGGCUCUGACGGAGAGCGGCGAGGUCUUCAGCUGGGGGGACGGCGACUACGGCAAGCUGGGCCACGGCAACAGUGACCGCCAGCGGCGACCGCGGCAGAUCGAAGCACUGCAGGGAGAGGAGGUGGUCCAGAUGUCGUGUGGAUUCAAACACUCUGCGGUGGUGACGGCCGAUGGGAAGCUUUUCACCUUCGGGAACGGAGAUUACGGCCGACUGGGGCUGGGAAACACGUCCAACAAGAAGCUUCCGGAGAAGGUGACGGCUCUGGAGGGUUACCAAGUGGGACAGGUGGCCUGCGGUCUGAACCACACGCUGGUCGUCUCUGCGGACGGAAGCAUGGUGUGGGCCUUUGGUGACGGAGACUAUGGGAAACUGGGACUCGGGAACUCGACGGCCAAGUCUUCUCCCCAGAAAGUGGACAUCCUCUGUGGGACGGGGAUCCAGAAGGUGGCCUGUGGGACGCAGUUCUCCGUGGCUUUAACCAAAGACGGCAAAGUUUACACGUUCGGCCAAGACCGGCUGAUCGGACUCCCAGAAGGCCGAGCUCGGAACCACAACCGGCCCCAGCAGGUUCCGGCGCUGUCGGGGAACAGCAUUCAGGACGUGGCGGUCGGCGCCGAGCACACGCUGGUUCUGUCCACCACCGGAGACGUCUACGCCUGGGGCAGCAACUCGGAGGGACAGCUGGGCCUGGGCCACACCAACCACGUCAGAGAGCCCACGCUGGUGACGGCGCUGCAGGGCAAGAACAUCAACCAGAUCUCGGCUGGACGCUGCCACAGCGGCGCCUGGACGGCGCCCUGCGUGCCGCCACGCGCGCCAGGCUCGUCGGUUCCGCUCCAGCUGGGCCUCCCGGUGGCGGUUCCGCCUCAGUACAGCGGGCUGAAGGAGGUCAGCAUGGAGGCGGUGAGGACGCGGCUCCGCCUCCUCUACCAUUUCUCUGACCUCAUGUACUCGUCGUGGCGGCUGCUGAACCUCAGCCCCAACAAUCAGAGCUGCACCUCCCACUACAACGCCGGGACCUGGGGCAUCGUUCAGGGCCAGCUGCGCCCCCUGCUGGCCCCCCGGGUCUACACGCUGCCCAUGGUGCGCUCCAUCGGGAAGACCAUGGUUCAGGGCAAGAACUACGGCCCGCAAAUCACCGUCAAGCGGAUCUCCACCCGCGGCCGGAAGUGCAAACCGAUCUUCGUCCAGAUCGCCCGGCAGGUGGUGAAGCUGAACGCCUCCGAUCUGCGGCUGCCGUCCCGCGCCUGGAAGGUCAAGCUGGUGGGCGAGGGGGCGGACGACGCUGGCGGCGUGUUUGAUGACACCAUCACCGAGAUGUGCCAGGAGCUGGAGACGGGUGUGGUGGACCUGCUGAUCCCCUCCCCUAACGCCACCGCAGAGGUUGGCUACAACAGAGACAGGUUCCUGUUCAACCCGUCCGCCUGCCUGGACGAGCACAUGAUCCAGUUCAAGUUCCUGGGCAUCCUGAUGGGCGUGGCGGUGCGCACCAAGAAGCCGCUGGACCUGCACCUGGCGCCGUUGGUAUGGAAACAGCUGUGCUGCAUCCCGCUGCAGCUGGAGGACCUGGAGGAGGUGGACCUGCUAUACGUCCAGACGCUGAAGAGCAUCCUGCACAUCGAGGACAGCGGCAUCACUGAGGACAGCUUCCACGAGAUGAUACCUCUGGACUCGUUCGUGGGUCAGAGCGCGGACGGGAAGAUGGUUCCCAUAAUUCCCGGCGGAGGCAGCAUCCCGCUCUCCUUCUCCAACAGGAAGGAGUACGUGGAGCGGGCCGUCGAGUACCGGCUGCACGAGAUCGACCGACAGGUGGCGGCGGUGCGUGAGGGCAUGUCGUGGAUCGUGCCGGUGCCGCUGCUGUCGCUGCUGACGGCGCAGCAGCUGGAGCAGAUGGUGUGCGGCAUGCCGGAGAUCUGCUGCGAGGUUCUGAAGAAGGUGGUCCGGUACCGGGAGGUGGACGAGCAGCACGCGCUGGUCCAGUGGUUCUGGCAGACCCUGGAGGAGUUCUCCAACGAGGAGCGCGUCCUCUUCAUGCGCUUCGUCUCCGGGCGCUCCCGGCUGCCUGCCAACACCGCCGACAUCUCACAGCGGUUCCAGAUCAUGAAGGUGGACCGGCCGUACGACAGCCUCCCCACCUCCCAGACCUGCUUCUUCCAGCUGCGCCUGCCGCCGUACUCCAGCCAGGUCGUCAUGGCCGAGCGGCUGCGCUACGCCAUCAACAACUGCCGCUCCAUCGACAUGGACAACUACAUGCUCUCCCGCAACGUGGACAACGCCGAGGGCUCCGACACGGACUACUGAUGCUUCCACGCGACCGCAAACUCUUUUACAUCCGUUUUAUUUCUCUAAUAUCGACACAACCUUCAUUUCUCUCUGUGGUUUAUUAGUUUUUAUCAUGGAAAUCCACAGGAAGUGUGUUAAUUCUGGUUUCCUCCCACAGAGCUAUUUGGAAACGUGUACAGAAUAUCUGGGUAAAGAUUGUACAUUGUGUAAAAUGCUUCAUUAGGAAAAUGUUUUGCAUUGUAUCCAUAUUUAUUGUUCUCAUUGGCGGCAGCGAGUUUCCCAAAGCAAACAAAAUAAAAAAACUAUAAAAA